UUCUAGAUAAAAUAAUAACGCAAAUAAAUAUAUUAUGAAAUAUUUCAACCGGUUUAGUUACUUCAGUACAGUUAGCAAGAAGAAAUCGACAGCUAUUAUCGUCUCAUGAAUGUUCAAAGUGUUUGAAAGUUCUAUGUUUGAUGGAUGAUAACAAACUGACCUAAAAGUGGCCACGGUUUUUUACCAUUAUGGGAUUUGGAAGAGGAAAGAAUGAAUACAAACCUAGCGCCUUCACGCUGUUUGCUGCAGAACUGAUUGGCACGGGUCUCUUAAUGUUUCUCGGAUGCAUGGGUUGCGUAAUAGAAGUUGAUAACCCUCCUGCCCCACAUCAGAUGAACUCUCUCGCUUUUGGAUUAGUAAUUCUACUCAUUAUACAG